AUGACAAAAAUCAAGUCAAGCGUGGUGCACAGGCUUAUCGAUGAGCUGCCCAAUCAAACCUUCGUACUGAUGAUAGACAUUGCCUCUUGUUGGCGCGAAUUCGCUACGGAGUACUCGCAUGAGGAGAAAAGUGUAGCAUAUAUGAACUCCGCAUCGUUGCUGCAUUUUGAGUCGUUGAUAAAUUUCCUAGCCCAGCUCAAUGACAACCCGCAGGAGGCCCUCUCCAGGUGCAAGCAAGCAGCCCCCCUGCAAUUUCAGCUUGCUAGCAUUGUCAUAGACAACAUCUCUUAUUAUACCCAUGAUAAUGCUUCCUAUGAGCUCCUUUUCAAGAUUUUACGCAUGCUGCGUUCUCGGUACGGUUGUUCGGUAAUGACAGUAGGAUUUGGGCUGGACUUCUAUAAUGGAGUGGAGCAGUCCUUUGCGACGAAUAAAUCGUACGAUAUACCCACACGGCUUCCGAUGUCUUACGUCAAAAAUAUGGACUGCGUGCUACAGCGGGAUAACGCAUCAACGGCGAGGGUUGUCUACACCAAAAACUCAAUGCCCUGA